AUGACAGUCCUUUUCCAACGCUCUCUGAAAGCGGCCAUCCAGUGAGGUUUCAGACUUUACUUAGUGCAGGCAUCUUGCUGGGUUGAGCUUAAAGAAAAAGACAUGUGGUGCAUAUGAAAUGAAUGCUCUUCCUUGAGUAGUGUUCAGUGAUAUACAUGCUUAUAUAUUUUUUGUAGCGUAUGACCUUGAGAAAUUCGCUCAAGAAGUUCUCUUGUGCAAGUGAUGGGUGCGUUAUAGCGAGGAUAUAGUAUUUCUUAAAGAUCAUCUUUCUGGCUCAAACAUGAUUAAAACUGUAGUGAAAUGAAAUAAAUUGGAAAUUCGUGAUAGCUUUGUGUUCCCUGAAAAUAUGCAAUAUUGCGCGAAUGAUUUUCCUAUAAUGAACGCACAGUAGGAACUAGAACGCAGUGUACCACGUGACCUCGAGGAACCAAUCACCGGCCUUAUAGCGUACCACGUGACCACAUUCGACCAAUCAGCAACCUUGUUGUGGUCCUGUUCUGGGAAUAGACUUUAGUCAUCCAGACCAAAAUACGGGAGGAAGUUACUCUUAUUUUCUCUCAAGAUUUCUAUUGGUCUCGGCGUUGACUGCCCAUCAUGAGUGUGUAGGCAAGUGUGACAGAAGCCUACGGUCAAAGGAGGUGUUUGAGGCAUGGCUGACCCAAUGUUUGUUGCCCAGCGUACUUCCUCCAACCAGCUUUCUCUCAACAUAAGUGACGUCAUUGAUAUUAUUGGUCAAGAUGACCCUGAUUAUGCAGCAUCAGCCAUUUCGGUGUAUGGAGGGGUACAGAUGGGAGGAGGGGGAGGAGGAGGGGCUGCAAGUGAAGCAAACUUUUCUACCAUUUCCUCUGCGAGUAGACCUGACCCCGAUCUGGAGAGCAAACGUAAAGCCUUUGUACGUAUUAUAGAACAGCCCCAGGCUAAGGCACUCCGUUUUCGUUAUAUUUGUGAAGGACGUUCAGCUGGGUCAAUACCAGGAGUUCGAAGUACAACAGAAAAUAAAACUUACCCAGCUAUUCAGGUGGUAGGAUACAAAGGGCCUGCUGUGGUGGUGGUGUCCUGCGUCACUGUUGACCCACCGUACCGACCCCACCCACACAACUUGGUGGGGAAGGAAGGAUGCAAAAAAGGCGUGUGUACAAUGACCAUUAACAAUGACUCCAUGCAGUGUGUCUUUAGCAACUUGGGAAUCCAGUGUGUCAAAAAGCGUGAUGUGGAAGAUGCCCUCAAGUUACGAGAGGAGAUUAGAGUGGACCCUUUCCAGACUGGGUUUUCUCAUCGUAACCAGCCACAGAGUAUUGACCUUAAUGCUCUGAGAUUGUGUUUUCAAGUAUUCCUUGAGGGAUCAGAAAAGGGAAAAUUUACCUUCCCUUUAAAACCACAGGUUUCAGAUCCAAUUUAUGACAAAAAGGCCACAUCAGAUCUGAUUAUCUGCAAGCUCAGUGACUGCACGAGCAGUGUGGCUGGUGGCAAAGAGAUUAUUCUCCUCUGUGAUAAAGUUACUAAAGAGGACAUUCAUGUCCGCUUCUAUGAGGUCAAAGAUGGAAUGAUAGAAUGGGAAGCCUUAGGUGACUUCCAAGCUUCUGAUGUCCACAAGCAAGUGGCCAUUUCGUUUAAGACUCCCAGAUAUAAAAAUCUUGAGAUAGAGAACCCCGUAAAGGUGUACGUGCAGCUGUUGCGACCAUCAGACAAGAGUACCAGUGAGCCACGGCCAUUCCAGUAUUUGCCUCUAGACUCAGAUCCGCAGUACCUAAAGAGAAAAAUGGCCAAACUUGGCAACAGUGCAAAUACAGAGAAGAUUAAUCGUUACCUUGUAGAAAACAUGGCUGGCACGGUAUACGGGGACCGAGGUGCAGCAGGCCAAGGGCAGGUCUCUGGGGCUGUUCCACGACCCAUCAGAGUAGCCUCGCGCUCCUCAAGACUCUCGGAUAAGAUAAAAAUCGAGCCUACAGAUGUGGGCUCUCCCCUCUCCCCUGGGGGACAGGUGUCCCCUGCUCCCCCUGGUGUCAUGGGUGGACAUGCUGUGAAGCCUCCAGUUUCACCACAACACUAUGGUGGAGGCACUAUGUACACAGUGUCACCUCCUGGUCCAAGUCCAGGCCAGCCAGGAAUGUAUUACCCCCAGCAGUCUCCUGGUAAUGCUAAUAACCUGGCUAUGCCAGUGGGUGCCAGCCCAGCAGCUGGAGCCACACGAGUACCAUCGCCACACCAGCACUAUUACAUGAACCCGGGCAUGAGACCACCUUACUCACCAGAGGCUCCAGUUGGUGCUGUUGCUGUGAGUACUGGUUACACUCCAGUUGUAUCAGACCCACAAGGUCCAGCUAUGUCCCAGUUAUUGGACUUGGAUUCUCAAAAGUGUAUUGACCAGAAUCCCAUUGAGCUAGAUAUAAGCAACAUAAAUUCUGCUGAAUUGCGGUCAUUACUACCCAGUGAAAAUGACUUUAAUGCAUCCAUGGUGGAUGCACAUUUAUCAGAGAAUCUCUCUUCCACUCUCAACAUCAUAGAUCAACCACCACACCUUAUAAACAAGCUGAAUAGCAAAUCCAGUUUGAACUCGGGUUCUUACAUAGCCUAUAUGCAAAACAUCCCACACAAUGUUCCGCCUCAGGCAAAGCAAGAGGGUUCAGCACCUGCAACGGGCUCUGACAGCUUCAACAACCUCAAGAGUGAAAUAGAGCUCCUCAAUCAGCUCACAUCCAAGCACUGAUGUUUCUUUUUCAUAUCUUACUGUUUGACACUUUAUGCAUAACAGUUAUUGGUAUCACAAUUACAAUUAUUACUAAUAAUUGAUGUAGAACAUUUGUUUGAAAAUAGAAACAAUAGGUUCAGAUGAUAGCCAUUGGCUAUAAAACCUGCAAUGUAAACACACAUGGGUACUGAAUAACUUUGCAUAAGGAAUUCACUAGUAUACAUUGUAGUUCUCAUUCUGUCUUGUUCUUUUUUGUUUGUGAAGACCAGUUUUUUUCUGUACUUAUAGUACCACAAAUGUAGAAUUUGAAAUUAGUGUCAGAUAGAAAGAAAGCAAACUCAAUAAGAGAAUAUUCAAACGGAGCUGUAUAGAAACUGUCACAUUGCUGAAGUAGAAGGGAAAAGUGCUGCAGAAAUACUUUUUAGGAAUUGAUAAGACUCAGCUGGUAUAGCUUAUAUAGGGUCAGGUUGAUUAUGCUUUUGUUCACUAAGUCUAUAGUUUUCUAUAUAAAUUUUACAUGUGAAAGUUGUUGAUAUUUUUGUACAUAAACUGUUGGGAAUGGAGUAAAACUUUAUUCCUGGUUUGCAUUACCUGAUAUUAGGAACUAUAGGAGCCUUGUGCUAGAGGUGCUCUUCUGUCACAAAAUGUUUACUCUGUAAGAGUUGAGAAUUCAUUGACUGUAGCCUGCAUCAGGUACAUUUUCUUUUGCAGUCAGUCAGUCUUUAUAUUGUUUUGGGUUGCAUAUAUUAAUUUUUUUAUAUUCUUUGGAAGCAUAUUUUUUUUAAUAUUGUAGUUACUGCUGAUACUGUAAAGUUACUGAUGGCCUUCGUCUUGCCAUGAUGAUCUCGUUUUUUUUCUUCUUUUGCUUUUUCUAUUUCCUUCAGUAGUUAGAAGAGUUAUAAAGAACAAUUAGGUUGAUUACUUGUGUAAAGAGGAAAACUUUUAAAAGAAUUUAUACAGAAGAGUUUAUUUUAAUAUAAUUAGGAUUUCCUUGUUACAUAUUCAAAAGUUUAUAUUAAAAUAUGGUUGUAUAUUUUACUGUUCAGUAAGCUGAGCUUCUUAGAAAGUGUAAUUUACAAAAUUUUAAGAGACAUUCUAUGAAAAUAUAAAUGUCAGGCCAAAGUAGAAGAGACAUGAGCUUAGAUAUCCUCUGUAGCUCUGUCUUAUGCCUGAUAAUUGUUCCUUUUAUUGUACUUUUUAAAUAAGUAAUUGUGGAAAUAGACCUUUAGUGCAAAGACAAAAGUUGGUGCAAGAAAAGUCAUUAGUGCAGUUGGUGAUAAUCUGUUACAGGAAUUGGUAGGAAAGUGACAAUACUCUAUAGUAGAAGGGAAUAAGCUAACAUUCCAUAUCAUCUCGUGUUACUGUGCUAGUAAAAAGACAGAGAGAGUAAGAAAAGUUCUCCAGAACUGGAUCACAAACUUUCAAUGCCAAAGGUUCACUUUAAAAUAAGAUACUUUUGAAGUUUCAGGAAAUGUAAGUUGGUUGUUACCUUGUCACCACAUUGAAGAAAGAGUCUUAGAAUUCGUUUUUUUUUAAUGAUUAUUAUUAUUAUUAUUAUUUCAUAAGUUGUAUUCCCAUGGUCCUUACCACUAACAUUGUGUGUGUGUGUGUGUGUGUGUGUGUGUGUGUGUGUGUGUGUGUGUGUGUGUGUGUGUGUGUGUGUGUGUGUGUGUGUGUGUGUGUGUUUGUACACAUAUAUCUCUAUGUAUACAUAUAUUUAUAUUGUAUAUAUAUAUGUAUAAUAUAUAUAUUUGUAUAUUUAUACACAUACAUACAUACGCACACGCGCGCAC